CCGAUGCCAACAAAUCCCCACGAAUUGGCACUACAAAGUUUAUGCAAACAAAUUCUGAAAUCCCGACUCUUUCGUGGUUUCUACGAAGAACGACGUUAUGUUGAAGCCGUUCAAGGCUAUCGGGACAUUGUCAGCCUGCACAAAUCCGAAAAGGAGUUAAAUAAACUACUCAAAGAUAUCUGUGAGAAGUUACAAAUGUUCUAUUCACAACAGAAUCCAGAUAUGUGGGUUGGUGUUACCCAAGGUCCACUGGUUGGAAGUAAACCCACACCUGGUGCUAUGGACACAUUUAUAUGGGCUGAAAUUGAAGAUUUGGCAUUUGGUCAAUAUUGGUUUUCCAUUAAAUCUUUACGGUUUCGUGCCAAUGAAGUUGUGGUGAAACUGAAAGUGGUACGCUCUGUGGAUUCUGAGGAAAUGUCCGAAAAAUAUAUUAAAUCAUCAACGGUCUCAACGGAAACAGUUCAAGCUGAUUCGACAACAACGGGUACUAAUACAGCAGCAGCGGUGGAUGGUGCCAACGAAAAAGAGGUCAGUUUACAAGAUUUUGCCCAACUGUUCCAACAGUGGAAUGCCACAUUCAAACAGACCAUAUACGAUUUUAUGGCCAAUGACAUUUCCAAAGAAAAUCUUAAGGGUGUUCUACGAUUUAUGGGUCUAGUCAUUGUUUCACUGUGUUCGGGUGCUCUAAUGGCCGUAAAAUUUUUGGGUAUUUUUGCCAUUCGAUUUAUGUUCGAAUUUAGCCGUCUGACCCAUGUCCUAACACCAAUUAUAUUGAAAAUUAUUGAGGUAUUUAAUAAAAUUGUUGGUGGAUUCUAUCUUUUGUUGGCAAUGAUAUGGAAAGAUGCUGUGGUGAAUCGUAAUCAACCAAAAUCCGCAAUGCCCGCUUUGGAAUAUAAUCGUUCAAUGUAUAUGAGUAUUGAAUAUGAUAUAAGACAGAGGCGAUCGGCGGCAGGUGCAACAGAACAGCAUUGA